CUGUUAAAGGCGCACGCAGCUCAGAGGACAUGGCUCCACCCCAGACUCGGUCCCUGAGGUCAAAGAAAAGGACCUGUCCAACUGAUGAGUCCUCCCAGACACAGGAGGUCCAGGUUGUUCCCCUUCAAAAGGAUGCAGAAGGAGAUAUUAAAGACGUCAAUAAGAUGCUGCAGCAGACUGAUCUCCAAGAAAGUGCUGCAGACCCAAAUAUGCAGCAUGAGGGAGAGGAGCGGUGCAGUCUCUCAAAAGCAGAUGAAAACAACUCAGAAGAGGUAGAUGCCACAGAUGUCGCAAAUAAUGGGAAAGAAGAGACCACUGUCUGUGAGCCCAGCCAUCGUUUUGAGCUGGAUACCUGCUGCGAACAAACUAAUGAUUGUACCAACGGAAACAAAACAGGCUCAGGAGAGUGUAGCACAUCUCCACGCCAACCCAACUGCGAUGUUUUGGAGAAGCAAGUGAUCGGAGAGGAACGCUCCAACUUGAAGAGAAGUCAAGACACCAACGACAAUAAGCCCAGCUGCGGCACGGCGGACGUCAGGGAGUCGGCGGCGGGUUUACCGGCCAAGAAGAAGCGAAGGAUGGGCAUGUGUGGUCUGACAGAGAAGGAACGGAGUCACUUUCUACAGGCACAGCAGCAGGAGAGUGUGGAGGACGGAGCAGGGAGCGCAGGAAAAGCCAUAUGUGAUGAAACCGCUGUGCCUUCAGCUUCAGAGGACGAUGUCCCCCCAAACCAUUUACCCGUCACAUCUCCUCACGUCUCAGCAGACGACAGAGAGGAAAGGGAGCCUGAUGAUUAUCAAGCUGAAACCGAAGUCCACAGUUCUGUGACCGAUACGAAUGGUACCGGUACCACAUGUACCCCAGGACGCUCAGAGGAAAGAGAUUCCGAGGCUAAAGACGGAUCUCUGACUGAUCCAGAACUAAAUGGCAACACAGAACCAAUUCAACUCGCACAGGAAGCGGAAGAGAAACAUCUGGAGGACCCGCACCCACCAGGAGUCAAGGACGCCGCUCCAUUGCCGGAAAUCCAGACCAAAACAGAGGAAGAUUUGUCACCAAGAGAACAAACGAAUUCUCUCCACGCUUUCAUUGCAAGGCAGCAGGAGGAAAGUGAUGCUGACGCGGCUCAUCCACAGAUGUGCGGUGUGAUCGGGGCAACAGAUGAAAGCAAACUAGAGGUGACUGAUGGGAAUGGUGGUGAAGAAGGAGCUUCCUUUGCAGCGACUCAAUCUGCAGAGUUAAACUGUGAGGCUUCACUGGCUCCCACUGCCCAAGAGACGAGUAACAGCUGUGAUCCAAAUGAUGCUGCUGGUCCCGCUGUCGUCCACACUGAGCCGACCAGGAACCCGGAGAACUCGUCCGGCUCUGGAGUCUUAAAUUACGUGUCGGACUCCCAGCUCAACAACAUUGUUUUCAUUGAGGAAAUGAAGGAAGGACCCGAUCCAUUGGGUCAUCUUGAAGAUGCCACAGAGCUGAUGUGUGGACUGAUCAGAGAACUCUCCUCUCUGAACCGAAAGGUGAUGGUCGCCCAUCGAGAACUGGAGAACCUGCGGCGUAAACCUUCAAGAAGCUCUGUACGUUAGACUGUUUUCCAGAAGAUUUUGAUCUCAUGCUUUUCUCUCGUUUAGAGUUCCUUGGUAAAGUACGAAAGGCGACACUAAAAGUAUUCCCCUAGUUUUCCAUGUUCUUCUGAAUGUUUGCUUUGGCUAUGUUGAUGAUCUACUUCAUCCUCAAUAAAUCUAUGAGAUUCGUGCGACCAGAAUCUACUCUUAACCGAUGAGCUGCUUUUAAUGUUGCAACAAGUCUCAGUCUCAGUGGCUAAAUUGACCAGUUUGCUGUCACAAGAACCCGAUGGUUGCUGUCAGAGCUCAAGCUUUCUUCUGUGGAAAAUCUUAUGGAAAGGACAGCUGUCUCUGCUGGUCAGGAUAGAGGGAAAGAUAAAUGUUCAGAGACAUCGUGGAUGGAAAUCUGCUUUGGAGCAUAUUACUCUCAGACUGGAGCGACCGCUCAUUUUUCAGGACAAUAACCCAAAGCACACGCCAGUAUC